AUGGUACACUACUCGGUGAAGAAACACCUUGCAAAAAAGAAGCAGUUGGAGUUAUGUGGCGACAACUUCGCGGUACACAUGGUAAACAAGACAUGCGUACUCAUCUAUUCCCUUUCUACUCAUGCGACGUGCCUCACACUUGUGGCCCAAAUCCAGCCGUCUGCUAGUGUACAGGGCACCAGCGGAGUUUUCCAACAGCAAGGGACAGCCAUAAAUAAAAUAAAGAAUGCUGCGAAACUUGUGGGAUACGUAAGCAUGGUCGUAGAGGAGUUUCUUUUUUUUUGCUACGUCAUUUGUCUAGGUCUCUCACCACAGCGACACAGUUGGCACAAUUGCGUAUGUAGAGUGACGUGCCUCUUGAACAGGUUUUCUCAAUGUGACAUUGCUUUCAUCCCCUUUUCUGUUCUUCGUCAGUAA